CUCUCACACACACACACACUGACUCUGUUUAUUGUUUAUUCACACAAAUAUCAGAAUGUAUCUGCUCUAAACUAUGGUUUCGUACCACCACACUAUAUUUCCAUAACUACAUUAACCUCUUUUCUUUGAAUCAACAUUUUUCUUGUUCAGUAGUUGCUCAUUUUUAUCUGUGCAAUUUUGGUGGAAGAAUAGAUGAUUGUGGAGUUUCUGUUGCCGUCGUGGUGGGAGGUGCAAGUUGCCAUCGCCGCCACGUCAUUCGUUAUACUCUCUUGCUGGUUCUUCAACCUUGCUGGAGAUGACGUAGUUGUUGACUAUCGUGCUCGGGUUGACCGUAGUGUCAUUAAUGAUGACGUGGUGGAUCAUAAUCCAGCAUGUAGAGUUGGAUUCGAUAUGAGCCAAUUAAAAGGAGAUUCUCAAACUAAUUCUACCUAUAUAAUCAAGGUUGAAUUGUUAGCUGCUAAAAAUCUUGCUGCUGCUAAUUUGAAUGGGACUUCAGAUCCAUAUGCAAUCAUCAGUUGUGGCUCACAAAAGAGAUUUAGUUCAAUGGUUCCUGGUGCGAGAAAUCCUAUGUGGGGGGAGGAGUUCAACUUCUCUGUUGAUGAGCUUCCAGCAGAGAUUAACGUGACAAUAUAUGAUUGGGAUAUAAUUUGGAAAAGUGCUGUUCUUGGUUCAGUGACUGUACCUGUUGAAAAUGAAGGUCAAACUGGUGCGGAAUGGCAUACCUUGGACCCAUCAGGACAGGUUUAUCUUCAUGUCAAAACAUUAAAACUCAAUGUCAAAUCUUCAAGAGGUUUGAAUGGCUAUGUGAAUACUCGUAGAAGGAUCACUUCGGAUAAACAAGGACCUACUGUGGUUCAUCAGAAACCUGGGCCUCUGCAAAUGAUAUUUGAUCUCCCUGCUGAUGAGGUUGUUGAGCAUAGUUAUUCAUGUGCUCUUGAAAGGUCAUUCUUGUAUCAUGGCCGUAUGUAUGUUUCAACAUGGCAUAUCUGCUUCCACUCAAAUGUAUUUUCGAAGCAAAUAAAGGUAAUUAUUCCUUUUGCAGAAAUAGAUGAGAUUAGGAGGAGCCAGCAUGCAUUUGUUAAUCCUGCUGUUACAGUACUUCUCCGCAUGGGUGCUGGCGGCCACGGGGUGCCUCCUUUAGGAAAUCCUGAUGGUAGAGUAAGAUAUAAAUUCGCAUCUUUUUGGAAUAGGAAUCAUGCGUUGAGAUCGUUGCAACGUUCAGUCGAUAACUAUCAUGCCAUGCUAGAAGCUGAGAAGAAGGAGAUGGAACAGUCAGCAUUGCGUGCACAUAGCAGCUCGGUUAAAGGAUGCAAAAAGAUGGACGUAAAUCAGGAAGAAAGUGUUACCAAGAUUCAGAAAUAUCAACCAUUCAUUAAAGAAGAAGUCAUCUCUAGUGUAUAUAAUGAUGUUUUGACAUGCACAGCCGAGCAAUUUUUUCAUUUGCUAUUGGCUGAUGGUUCAAAUUUCACUAAUGAGUACCGUGCAGCAGGGAAAGAUUUCAAUCUCAUUAUGGGUCAAUGGAAUUCUGCUGAUGAGUAUGAUGGUCAAGUCAGAGAAAUUACAUUCAGAACAGUAUGUAACAGCCCUAUGUGCCCUUCAGACACAGCAGUAACUGAGUAUCAGCAUGCUGUUCUAUCGCUGGACAAGAGAACUCUUGUACUUGAGACUGUGCAACAGGCCCAUGAUGUUCCGUUUGGGUCAUGCUUUGAGGUUCACUGUAGGUGGUCUAUAGAAACAACUUCUGAAUCAUCCUGCAGUUUGGACAUAAAAGCUGGUGCACAUUUCAAGAAGUGGUGCAUUAUGCAGUCUAAAAUAAAGUCAGGAGCUAUUAACGAGUACAAGAAAGAGCUGGCAAUAAUGUUGGAAGUGGCACGUUCAUUUGUUAAACCAAGAGUAUCAGUGAGUGAAAUAGAAAAUGUCAUCUCCUCAUCACAAUACUUCUAUGAUCAUGGCAACUUAUCUCCACCAAGGAGAUCCAGUGUGCGCCCUUGUAAUUCAUGAAGUGCAAUUUUUCAUUUUAAUGGAAGACUAUUUUCUUCUGG